UUACAUAUUUAUCCUGGUCUUGAGCCUCCACUCAAACGAAUGAGCGCCGCACACUUGCGCUCGUCGGCAAGCAUCCCAAGUUGCAGCGGUCGAAGCCCUUUCCGGUGUCACAAUGCAACCUUUAUACCAGCCCUACGCCAACAGCUCAUUCAUCGCCAGCGAGCGCGGGCACCGGUCUUUGCCGUCCAUGCGCUCUACAAUUUCGCAGAGUCCGCGGAGGUCCGCGUUCCAGGUCAAAGGCGGAACCGAGGGCUCCUUAAGAAAGAGGCUCGUGAGAUCAUGGACGUGGUUCGCGGGCUGACCUCUAUGAGCCCCAAGCAGCUGGCGGCUGUGUCCCACAUGCUGCCCCCCGGGGCGGUGGAGGCGGUGGGGGUGGCGGCCAGGCUGCCGAGGAGCAACCAGGGUCGCAAGCGGCAGGAGGGCCUCGUGGCCAAGAUGCUGCGGGGGCAGCUGACGGAGCAGCUGAUGGAUAAACUGCAGGCUGCUGUGACAGUGGCCACCGAGCGGCAAGGUAUUUACGACGACACGGACGUGAGCGGUCUGGUGGACGUCUGGCAGGAGGGGCUGCUGGGGGACGACGAGGCAGUCGUGGAGGAGGUGUACGGCUACCCCGCGGCAUGGGCACCAGAUUACCAACAGCUCCGGGCGCUUGUACGGCAGUGCCAACAGGCUCUCGAGGAGGAGCAAACACAUGAGGCCGCCAGGCUGCAGUCCACGCAGCCAUUCGCGACAACGGUGCCGGACGCAAAUAGGGGCAGUAGCAGCAGCAGCACCGAGAGUGACAGCGACGGCAUCAACGACGGCGAGGGCAUUGAGGAUGUCGAUGACGAAGAUGGCGACCUGGUUGCCGUGCUGGCGGAGGCUGCGGCGCGCAGUGGAGCAGGCGGCCUCGGCGGCGGCGGCGGAGCGGGCCGAAGACGGCGAGGGCGCAAGGCCAAGGCUCCUCAGCCACGCAGCCGGGGCCUUAUCCGCAGCCUCCGCAAGAUGCUGCGCCCGCUGGCAGUCCGAGUGGUUCAGGAGGGGCUGCCAGGCGCAUAA